CUUUGACGAUGACUCAAAAAGAAACAAAUCGGUCACAAAACUCUCGUUUUUAACUCUCUCGCUAUAUAUAAACGAGAAGCUCGUCGUGAAAUAGAAUUAUACAGGAGAAGUUUUAGUGCAGUUGGGACUUAGCCGUCGAAAGGAAAGGUUUUUAGAAAAAAAAAUGUUUAGUUUUUUUCGUAAAUCGAAAAAAGAUCUGCGCGAAAAAAGAGAUAAUAAAGAGUUACAAGAGGAGCCAAAACGGCCGGUUAAAAAUACGCAAUGUCAAAUAUUAGAAAAUACACCGCAAGGUGUACGAAAUAGUUUCGGGGACGACAGUGACAGUGUUGGUAGCGGUGAUAAUUACGAUUCGACGACGAAAAUUUCGAACGAAACUCAAAGCAACGAAUUAAAAAUGUCGAAAAGAAUGGUUCAAAACGGGGAUGUGUGUCCGAAAAGUGUUACUCCGAGACAAUCGCCGAUUAGUGUGAAACCAUGUGGACAUGGAACGGUAGCGAUUUCGCCUAAAAUUCCAGUACCGGUUAAGAAAAGGCAACAAAACGAUACGCCACCAGACAGCCCGAAAAUAGAAAUCGGCAAUAAAAGAAAGCUAAGUGGCAAUUUAUUGGUCCCUGUUCAAUGUAAUGGUUUUGACACUCAACCUGUAGAUGCUCCAGACAAUGUGGGAUUUAAAAAGAUACAAGAAGAAGGAAUAAAGAAAAACCUUAUAAACCAAGAAGCGAAAUUUCAAAAGCAACUCAACGAACUAAAUCAACAAGUUGCACAAAGAGAUGCUGAUGCGAGUAAACUUCGAUUUCAACUUGAGGAGCUUCAAAGAGAUGUUUUUACAAAAUCUGCUGGACUUGAUAGGCUUCAAUCGGAACUUCAAGCAGCUCACAAAGAAUCCGAUACACUUAGGGCGAAGUUGAAACAAAUCGAGGAUGAAUCGUUAAGUUUAAAACAAAAAACUUGCGAACUUCAAGAUGAGAAUAACACAAAAACCCAACAUUUUCUUGAAUACGAGAACGACACAAAAGCGAAAAUCGUACAAUUAGAAGGAGUAAUCAAAGAUUUACAAGAAAACAUAAAAAAAUUACAAAAUCAAGUUGAAGAAUUAUGCUCAGAAAAGGACAAAUUAGAAAAAGAACACGAAGUUAUCUUAAACGAAAAAGAAGAGCAAAAAAAGUUAAUCGAACAAGCUUUAGAAGAAGCUUUAUCGAAAAAAUCGGAUGUUGAAAAAAAGUGGGAACAAGAAUUCGAGAAAUUACGCACCGUUAACAUAAUCAAAGAGCAACAAACUUUCGAAGAUUUCGAAUGGAAAUUAAGAGAAGUCGAACAAUUGUGUAAGAAAAAAUUACAAGAUAAAGACAAAGACAUUGAAGAUCGAUUACAAGAAGCGUGUAAAGACGCCGAAAUUAAACUUAAAAUGGCCCACGAAAUCAUGGAAGAAGUACAACAUUUAAAAUCGUACGAAACUCAAAUCGAAGAGUUACGCGGGGUUACUCAAGAACAAGAAAAAUGUAUUAAACUAAUGACCGAACAACAAGCGCAAAUGCAACACGCCGGAUUAAUGUUAAAAGAAGAAUCGACCAGAUUACGGAAAUUAAUCGACACGGAAAAAGAAAAUCUUCAACAUAUUCAAAGACUACACCACCAAGAACUCGUCGAUAAAGAACGAAAACUCCACAACACUUUAGAAGAGAAAAAAACCGAAAUCGCUAUGUACUGGGAAGAAAGGCUUUUACACGAAUGUGGGAGAUUAAAAUUCGAAUUGGAACAAUUACAUAAUGAGGAAAAAGCUUUCGCUAUGGAAACGAUAAGGAAACAAAAAGACGAUGAAUUAAGCGAACACAAAAUAAAAUGGGAAGAAAAAUUACAGGAAUCUUUAAAAGAAAUAUCUAGUUUAAAAAAGACGAUAAAAGAUUCGGAAAAUCGUUAUCGAUCGGAAAUGGAACAACAACAAUCGAAAACAGAUAGGGAUAUUAUGGAAUUACGAAGAGUUAUGGAUAAAAUCGACAUGGUUCAUCAUAAUAAUUUUGAAAAAAUGGUUCAAGUACACGAAGAUGAAUUGGAAAGAUUAAAAGAAGAAAACGGUAGCAAGUUAAAAGAAGCCGAAACAGCUUAUCUUGCAGAAAUUUGUACUCUACGAGCCUCGUUAGAGUGGGUUAAAGAGAAAAUGGCACAGGAUUCGCAACAGAAAAUUGAAGUGUUAAUCGCUCAACAUAGAGCGGAAUUAGAUACUCAAUGGGCAAAUUUAAUUCAUCAGAAAAGUGAGGCCAUCAAAUUAGUCGAAGAUGAAUACGUUGAUAAGUACAAUCGAUUGGAAGAACAAUUCUACGCACAACAAAAAUCGCAUGAAUCGAGAGAAAUCGAACUGUUAAAAUCGAUAGAUGCCUUAAAAAAUGAAAUAAGCAGCAAAAAUUCGGCUGUGGAUGAUUUGCAGAAUAACGUGGAUACUUUGGAAGGUGGCGUUCAAGUUCUCAAUUGCACGAUAAGAAAUCUUCAAAAAGAAAUCGCCGAGCUCCAACAGCAACACGAAUCCGAUAAGAACCAAUACGAAAGUAACGUUAUGCAGAUUAAAAAGCAAUCGAAUACGACGAUAGAUCAUUUACAAAGAAAAUGCGAGUGUUUAACCAAAUUAUUUGAGGAAGUUCGAUCGAGAUACGAACGGAGAGAAUCUAGACAAGAAGAUUUAAAUCAAAUUUCUGACCUAAAACAAGUCAUUGCGGAGCAAGAAAAAGAUUUGGCGUGUAUUAACGAAGAAAAACGUUAUUACCAAAUGAAGUUGAUGAGUUUGCAGAAAAGUUUGGAGGAGGAUGAGGAUGAUUUUGAAGAUACUAGGGAUUUUGAUGAAGAUUCGAAACAACAACAAUUACAACAGCAACAACAACAUUCUUUAGCUAUACCACCGACGAUUCCCGAGUGUGAAGAAGCGUGAUUUUUUAUUUAAACUUUUUUUCUUUGAAUUAUUUAUUUAUCCGAAAUAAUUCUUUUUUAUCAAAACGUU